GAACAGUAGUUGACCAAGUUCUAAAAAGAAUCGACUGUUUUGUUGGAUUUUCGUUUUUACCUUUUUAGCCCAUGCCUGGUUUUUUGCGUAGGAUCUAAGUAGACUUCCACUUCCAUUUACUCAUUGCUGUCCUUUGCAGGAACAAAGAGAAUUGAUGCUGUGAACUGUGAAGGAUAACAUCUUUUGCCAUCUCUAAUUCUUCUUUGGUGACCGUGCAUUCGUGGUUGUCGGGAAUUUUAUCUGAUAGGCGAUUCGUCAGAUUCUAUUGUCUCUGGGGGAAAAAUAAUAUUUGGCGUUAUGGACUUGCUGGCCAUGGUUCUUGAAGGUUCAGAGGCUGAAUUGAACGAGCAACAAGCUAUUGAUUAUGCUAUUGCACUUUCCCUUUCAGAACAGGACCGGAAAGGGAAAAAAUCAAUUGACAAGCAGCUUGCUAGAGCUCAAACCAAGGAAGAUGAACAUUUCGCUAAAGCUCAAUUGGAAGAUGAUGAGCAGCUUGCCAAAGCUCUUCAAGAAAGCAUGUACAUGGAGUCUCCUCCUCGAUGUGAAACUGGAAAUAUAUUUCAGCCUUAUCCAUUCAACUUUCCAUCUGAAUACAGGAUCUGUGCUCGCUGCAACACUGAGAUUGGCCGUGGAGAAUUUUUGACCUGUAUGGGUGCGGAGUGGCAUCCAGAAUGUUUUCGUUGUCAUGCUUGCAACCGUCCUAUUACUGAUGGCGAGUUCUCUAUAUCUGACAAUCGCUCUUAUCACAAAUUGUGCUUUAAGAAGCAACGUCACCCAAAAUGUGAAGUUUGCAAGAGUUUUAUCCCAGCAAAUUCAGAAGGUGUUAUUCCGUAUAGGGAGCAUCGUUUCUGGAAGAACAAGUACUGCCCCUCACAUGAACACGAUGGUACUCCUCGGUGUUGUAGCUGUGAAAGAAUGGAGCCGAGGGACACAAGAUAUUUGUUGCUUGAUGAUGGUCGGAAGCUAUGUCUAGAGUGUCUAGACUCAGCCAUUAUGGAUACUCAUGAAUGUCAACCACUUUACCUUGAAAUACAGGAAUUUUACGAAGGCUUAAAUAUGAAAGUGGAGCAGCAAGUUCCAAUGCUUUUGGUUGAGCGGCAAGCACUAAAUGAGGCAAUGGAGGGAGAAAAGAAUGGUCAUCAUCACUUGUCUGAGAUCAGAGGACUUUGUUUGUCAGAAGUACAGACUGUCCCUACUAUCUCAAGGAGGCCAAGGAUUGGGGCAGACCACCAGUUCAUAGACAUGAGAACUGAGCCUUGUAGGCUGAUCCGAAGAUGUGAAGUGACGGCAAUUCUCGUUUUAUAUGGCCUUCCUAGACGUAUAUACACAUACAGGUUAUUGACUGGGGUAAUCCUGGCACACGAGAUGAUGCAUGCAUGGCUGAAGCUUAAAGGUUACCGCAAUCUGAGUCCAGAGGUUGAAGAAGGUAUCUGUCAGGUCUUAGCUUUUAUGUGGUUGGAGUCUGAGCUGUAUACAGCAUCUGGAAUUGAUUUUGUAUCAUCAACAUCAUCCUCAUCCCCUUUUACAUCAUCAAAAAAGGGUAAACGAUCUGACUUUGAGAAGAGAUGUGGUGAAUUUUUUAAACACCAUAUUGAGUUAGAUGCAUCCCCAGCUUAUGGAGAUGGAUUCAGGACAGGUAGGCAGGCGGUCGACAAAUACGGCCUGAAGAACACUCUUGACCACAUUCGACUGACAGGAAGCUUUCCUUAAGUUGUAGGGUAA